CCGAUCGUCGUGUGGUUCCGGCAGGACCUCAGGGUGAGGGACAACCCCGCGUUGCACGCGGCGGCGCGGACGGGCCGGCCGGUUGUCGCGGCGUACGUCUGGUGCCCGAGAGAGGAAGGGCGCUGGCCGACGGGCGGCGCCGCGCGGGUGUGGCUCCACCACGCGCUGGACGGCUUGACGCGAACGCUGACGCGGACGUACGGCGCGGUGUUGGUGUUGAGAGACGCGACGCGGACGUCGUCGUUCGAGGAGCUGCGCGACGUCGCGCGCGCGUGCGGCGCGAAAGACGUCUACGCGAACAGGGUGUACGAGCCGUGGAAAAUCGCGAGGGACGACACGUGCGAAAAAGCGCUGGCGUCCGAGUGCGGGAUUCGGUACCGAUCGUUCAACGCCGGGGUGCUGUACGAACCUUGGGACGCGAGACCGGACGCGACGGACGACGCGUGCUGGAACUCUGGGUACGGCAGCGUGCGUUUUUUUCUUCGCGCGUGCGCCGCGCUCGGCGAGCCGCCGCCGCCAUUGCCCGCGCCCGCGUCGAUGCGCGCGCGUCUCCCGGUCGAGCGGCGACCGCGAUCGGUCGCGCUCGAGUCGUUAGGUCUCGCGAAGAUGCCGAGACGCCGCGGCGGCGGCGGGGUCAUCGACUGGGCCGCGGGGAUCCGAGACGCGUGGACGUUCGGCGAGGACGGCGCUGACGCCAGCUUGCGCGCGUUUCUCGCCGAAGGAUUGGCGCACUUCGACGCGAAGCGCGCGGACGCGACGACGGCGAGGAUAUCCCCGUACGUGCGGCACGGCGAGCUGAGCGUCAGGGAGGUGUACCGCGCGGCGAAGGCUGCGAGCGUCGGGUCGAGGAAAUCCCAGGCGCGAUCCGCGGGGGUUUUUCUUCGAAGACUCGCGUGGCGAGACCUCGCGUACUGGUCGCUGUGGCGGUUCCCGCACCUCGCGGACGAGCCGCUGCGGCCGCAGUACGCGUCGCAAUGGUGGGCGGUGCCGUGGGAUCCGGACCCGCGCGGACGCGGGGAUUCCGUCCCGCGCGCGGUGUCCAUCGUCCGGCGACGAUGGGACGUUUUCGCGCCGUGUUCGAACGACGCCAACUUGCGCGCGUGGCAGCGCGGCAUCACCGGGUACCCGCUCGUGGACGCGGCGAUGCGCGAGCUGUGGAUCACCGGAUACAUUCCAAACUACAUGCGGCACGUCGUCGCGGGUUUUUUGAUCGAGUACUUGAACAUCGACUGGCGGCACGGGCAGCUGUGGUUUCACGACACGCUCGUGGACGCGGACGUCGCGAUUCAGGGCUUCAUGUGGCAGAACGGCGGGCACAGCGGCAUGGACCAGUGGAACUUCGUGAUGCACCCGGUGUACGCCGCGAAGAGCGCGGACCCGGACGGGGAGUACGUCCGGCGCUGGUGCCCGGAGUUGUCCAAACUGCCGCGCGACUACGCGCACUGUCCGUGGGAAGCGCCGGCGACGACGCUCGCGCGCGCGGGCGUCGCCCUCGGACGCGAGUACCCGAAGCGCGUGCUCGUGGAUCUGGAGGGCGCGCGAUUGAAGUCGCUGAGGGCGGUCGUGGAAGUCCGCCGCGCG